GUUGUGAGUAGUAUAACAUUAAUGAAUAAUAUAAUAGUAUAAAUUUAACUGUAAGAAAUCAUUGUAUAUAAAUAGUAUACAUGUUUUGAUACUAUACUGAAUAGUCAUAUUCACAUAUAUACUUGAAUGGAAAUCGUCCGAAUAUUUUUGAUAAAAUAUUUACAAUCUACAUAUUGAUUCUUAAUGAAUGCAUCACAUGUAAAUAAUAAUAAUAAUAAUCAUCAUCACAUUAGUAACACUAAUUAUACUACUAGUCAUAGUAAUAACAUCAGUAAUAUUGGAUGUAAUAAACAAAUUUCUAUAGAUUUUCCAACAAAUCCAAUUACUAAAUAUUUUAUUAUUGAGAAACAAACAGCAAGUUGUGGACCAGAAUUAGUAUGGAAAGUAUAUGAUGCUGUACGACGUCAAGAUCAAAAACCAUGUUCUGUAUUUUUAUUUGAUAAGUCAAUUGCUGACAAACUUCAUAAACCUCGAAGACGUGAUAUUGUGACUAGUGUAUUAAAACGUGAUGUACGUUUAUUAACUCAACUUCAUCAUCCUAAUAUGUUGCAUAUUUUACAUCCGAUAGAAGAAACAAGUGAAACAUUAUCAUUUGCAAGUGAACGUAUAUUUACCAGUUUGGCCAAUAUACUGGGCAAUCAUACCAGGCUACAACAAUACGUUAUACAAAGUCUUAAAACAUUUAGAUUCACUGAUAUGGAUAGAAAACUUGGAAUUUAUCAAUUAAAUGAAUUAUUACGAUUUCUACACACUGGUCAAUCAAUGUUUCAUAAUAAUGUUUCACCAUGUUCAAUUUUAAUAACACAUCGAAAUCAAUGGCGACUUGGAUCAGCUGCUUUCAUAGAAUCUACCCGUCUAGAAAAACAUGAUAUAUCUCAAUAUGAAUUAGGUCCUUCACCAUGGACAAGAAAAUGGCCAAAAAUGGCUAGACCAGAUUAUCAUUAUUCAGCACCAGAAUGUUUAAAUCUAACAAAUAAUAAUAAUAAUAUAUCAAGUCCAUUUGCUGGAUUUCUUACUAAAACAUCUACAGAUUUAUAUCAUAUAACUAAUAGAAAUAGUCCAGAUCAUACAAUGGAAACAACAACAACAACAGUUACAUCAACAAUGAAAUCUCGAUCUAAUUUAUCUGAUGAUAUACCUGGACCAUGGUCAGAUAUGUUUUCAUUAGGUUUAAUUAUUUGUGCAUUAUAUACAAAUAAUAGUCCAGCUGAAGGAUCAGUUCAAUGGUUACAAAAUAUAAAAAGACGUGGAUUUGAUAAUGAUUCAUAUACAAAUACAGAGAUAUCAUUUGUAAAUUGUAAAGAAAAUACUAUACAAGAAACUAGUACAGAAUAUCUUCAUGCAAUUCAAUUAAAUCAAAGUACAAAUAUACCUGAAGCAUUUCGAUUGUCAGUAUGUCGUAUGCCUUUAGAAUUAGUUGAGCCUGUGGAAAAAUUAUUAUCAAGGAAUUCACAAAAGAGACCAAGUUCUCAAUUAUUUGCUUUAUUGAAAUUUUUCAACGAUCCUACAAUGUUACUAUUAGAUGGAAUAAUUAAUUUCGAUGUGAAAUCUGAUGAAGAUAGAACAAGAGCAUUACAAAUUUUACAAAAUAAUGCAGAAAAUUUAUCAAAACCAAUUCUUUAUGGUCGAAUAAUGCCUACAUUGAUUGAAUUACAUCAACAGCUAGAAACAAGACAAUUUAAUAAACCAUCUAAUGAUUAUAAUACAACAAUGUUAACAUCUCAUUUCUCUAUAUCACAAGUAUCACAUGAAGAUAAUUUUAUUCAUUUAGAUUCAGUAUUAAUUUCUGGUCUAGCUCAUUUAAUUGAAGUUUGCUCUUCAAUGGAUUAUACAGAUUAUAUUGAGAAAGAUUUAAUAAAUAUCUUUGAUAAAAGUUCAAAUUUAAAAACAAAAAUCUGUUUAGUACGUCAUACACGAUCAUUUUUAAGACAAGUUCCAGACAAUGUAAUUGAACAGUAUAUUUUACCAUUAAUGAAACAAUGUUUAGUAUCAAAUAAUAUUACAGCUCAGAUUGUUGCAUUUAACAAUUUAGAAUUGUUAGUUGGAUACAUUUCAUCUUCAGAUUUAGAGAUUAUUGUAUUACAAAAAAUUAAACAAGCUUUUCAAUAUAAUCAUCAACAGUUACAGUUAGCUUCAUUACAUUGUUUAGUCACUAUACUAACACGUUUAUCAGAUGCAAUUAUUCUGAAUGAUGUAAUACCAUUUCUUUUGACUGUUUCAAAUGAACUCAAAUUAAAUAUAAACAAUAAUAAGUCAACUAAUGAAUGCGCCCAUGAUUUCAAUAUAGAUAUUGUCGAUGAUAAAGCUAAUGAUGAACAUGAUCAAACACAGAGUAAUCGUGUUGAACAACCAAUUUCUGAAUUAUGCAAUGCUUGGAAACAGUUACUGUAUACAAAAUCAUAUUUAUUGGAACCUCAAUUGAUUGUUACCGAAAUUUUUCCAAGUCUACUACCUCAUGUUGUUGAUAAAAAAGUUAGUAUAACUGAGUUUCGUAUAUUAAUGUCUACACUAUAUGCACUACUGGAUCUAUUGGAUAUUCCAAAUGCAGAGAAUGAUGAUUUAACUGAUUCAAAAACACAAUAUCGAACUGUACCGGCACUCACAGUUAAUCCUCCAAGUUUAAGCAGUGGGCAAAUGUCAAAAAGAUCAUCAAAAUGUGAAAAUCUCGAAGAUACAAGAAUGGGUCCAUCAAAAAUUAUUGCUCGAACUGCUGCUUCUUUUGUACCAAUGUUACAUCCAAAUCAAAUUAAAGAAUUAGAAAAUAGUCCAAAUAUUACAAGACGAGCAAGUGCACAUGUUAUCUGUCCACUUCCCCCACAGAACAGUGACUUACGCUUUGAUAAACCAACAAGUGAUAUAAAUUUAUUGGAUAAAAAAAAUUAUACAUCAUUUCUAGGUUUACAAUUACCAAGUGUAUCUAAACUACGUAGACAUAGUUGUGAUGCACAACGUCAAGAGCAAAACACUACAUCACAUUUACAAACAAAUAAAAUAAAUGAUAAUUUAUCUAGACGAAGUAGUGAUCAAUCAUUACAAGAUACUGAUAGAACAAAUUGGUAUACAAUUCCAAAAUCUCGUGGUUUGUUAAAUUCUGACGAGAAAAAUUUACUUACUGCUCAAGUAUGUGAAGGACCAUUUAUUCGUACAUCAAAUAUACAAACAAAAUUGAAUUGGAAUUCAUCACAGAUCAAUGAACCUGUGAAACAAAUCACUUCUAAUAAUAAAUUGGGCAAUGAACUAAAUGUUGAACCUCGUAUAUCAAGACGAUCAAGUUUGAUAGCGAUUGGUGAUUCUGUGAUAAAUCUAUUAACUAAAUAGACAAAGCGAGAGAGGGGGAGAGAGACGGCGAGAAGAGAGUAAUAACUCCUGUAAUGUGUCAACCCAGUAUCCAUGACUUAAAAACAGCAACAUAAAGACCCCCAUCAAACUGGUCAUAUACAAUAAUCGGUCCGAUUGAUCACAUUUCUUUUCUCAUGAUGAUGUAAUCAUAAUCAUUAUCAUUAUAUUUUAUUAUGUUAUUUGAUAAUUCCAUGUAAAUUACAUCAUAUAUUACAACAAUCUACAUGUAUUAUGUAAUUUCUUAUUCAAUACAUCAUUACGUUUUAAUUUCUCCUCCUUUUCCUUUUCUUUUUUGUUUACUUUUUGAAUGUAAUUUCUUUCAUGUUUUUAUUUUUUUCCCGCCCAUUUUGUUUUUAAAAAAUUGCGUUAGAUCAAUAAAAUUAUUUUUCAUUCAGUAAAACAAAAAAGAUGAUUAUAUAUUCCAUUGUGUAUUUAUUUUAUUUUGAUGUAAAUAAUAAUAGAAUAUAUGAAAGGAAUUUGUUUAGAAUGGAACUCGUUCC